ACGCUUUAUAGCAAUCCUUUAUAACUUUACGCGUCAAAUUUUCAAUAUAAGCGAAAAAACAUAUCAAACAAAAAUACCCAGAAUGUUCGAUAGUGAUAACUAACGGACCCUUUAUCAUGGAGUGCUGUGGGACCGAGUGUUAAAAAGUGUAAAGAGGUUGGUGAUCAUUGGAUUGGUGUUCAAAGUGUUGUGUGGUUAUACAAAAGUGUGCCAUGGAUAGAUUGUCUUUCACAUGAAAAUGUGGGAGGACAUUUUCUACGUGAAAUCUGUAAGGAAAAAGGGGUGCGGGGAAUAAGAUUACCUGCGCCAUGUCGACGGGGAGUUGCUCCGGGCCAGGGGUGUGCGGGGGCGCAAGACGGAGGCCUCCACCCCCACCAGAGCCUGCCCUCUCCCUCGCAGCUGACCUGAGCGAGCUCAGCUUAGACCAGGGCUACCACACCUUAGCGGACUGCGGACCGCCUUCGAGGAGGCGGAGAGACAACACCCUGACUGAUGCUUUAUGGCUAAAAAUAUUAUCUUAUCUUGAGGUAUCGGAUCUCUGCCGGAUGUCCCGCGUGUGUCGGCGAUGGUCGCGCUUCGUCGCCAGGCUGUCAGCAAGGCCGGAACCUUGGAAGAGGAUAAGAGCAGCUGGCCCCUUGGAAGUUGCAGCUAGAUGUGCUGGUGCCAGGGCUGGACCCUGCGUCAGCGCUGUGAGGGAGUGGCGGACGAAGACCUGUGCUGUGACAGUGGCAGGUGCACAGCUGCUAGUAGCAACCUUCAGAAACUUAACGCAUUUAGCUUUAACAGGAUCCAAUACUAUGGACGCUAGGGCACUUGCGCCGGUUAUCACGGACUUGGUCGACUUAAGGCAUAUAGACCUUACAGGUUGUCCGAACGUGGACUGGCCAGAGUGGGCGUGGUUAGAGAGUCGACUAACUACGAGAAGACCGCCGAUAGAAUACAUAGACUUAACUGAUUGUAGCGCAGUUACCGACGCUGGCCUAUGUGCCUUGCUACACACAUGCCCGUCAUUGCAAUAUCUUUACCUCAGAAGGUGCACUCUAGUCACAGAUGCCGGUGUUCGGUGGAUACCUUCAUAUUGCGCACUCAAAGAGUUGAGUGUUUCUGACUGUACGGGAGUCACGGACUUCGGUCUGUAUGAGUUGGCGAAGUUGGGACAAGCGUUACGAUAUAUUUCUGUCGCUAAAUGUUCUCAGGUAUCAGAUUCUGGUAUAAGGACUUUAGCACGGCGUUGCUAUAAACUGCGUUAUCUUAACGCGAGAGGAUGCGGCGCUCUCGGUGACGACGGCGUGGAAGCGAUCGGCAGGGGCUGUUCGAGGUUAAGGGCUCUUGAUUUAGGGGCAACUGAUGUAUCUGAAGCCGGGCUACAGAUACUAGCACGAUGCUGUCCAAACUUAAAGAAACUGGCUCUGCGAGGCUGCGAGCUAAUAGGUGAUGAUGGUUUAGAAGCAGUUGCGUACUACUGCCGAGGUCUGACACAGUUAAAUAUCCAAGAUACACCAGUGACGCUAAGAGGAUACAGAGCAGUUAAGAAGUAUUGCAAGAGAUGUGUUAUUGAACAUACGAAUCCUGGAUUUUGUUGAGAGAUACUUUGAGAAUCUUAUUUGUGCAUUUGUCAAUUAUGUUCCAGUCAGUAAUAGUGAACGAUAGAAAAUGAGUGCUAGAUUGCAAUACGAAGUACUUAUAGUAGAAACGUAGCAGUCGAGGAUGAAUUAUAAGGUGUAUUGUUUUGAGAACGAUUACGUUAUGCAUAGUUGUUGAGAUCACAACUUGACGGAGAAGUUGUGGGAUGUAUCAGGGUAGGUGAUGAUAAGUGUGUACAGAAAUGAUUAUUAUUGGAAGAUGAUGAUGUGACGGAGAAGUCUUUGGAGAAAAGAAGGCAUCAACUAGAAGUGCUUCUUUACGCAUAUAAUCAGAAGGAGAAAGAAGAAGGUUCAUGUGCCUACCACUAGAUACGUUGGGCCAGCUGAAGUGGUAGCAGAAGCUAAGGUUGGUGAGUGCUUAAGGAAGUGCUGUUGAUGAGUACCACCUAUCAGAAAUAUUUCAAGUAUUGCAAGAAGAAACAGCAGAUAUGGUCUUAAGAGAAUAACACUGGUGUAAAAGACUAUGUACAAGAGAGAAAAAGUACUGGUUAAAAUUAUUUUUGCCGUUGUAGGAAGCAUGAAAAGUUUCUUUCUUUUUAAUUAAAUUUUCUAGCCAUUAUCUCUAUAACGGGAAUUUGGCUGGAAAGUUCGAAUAAAUUGAGAAAGAAGUGAGAACUUACCUGUAUGUAUAUUUUUAAAAUAUUUCAUAUUAUGUUCGUUGGUUUUGAAACCGGGGAGAAAGGACUCUACUAUAAAAAAAGGUGCUGUUUGAUUAUGUAAAUUGAGUUGAAAAUAUUAUGUAGGUUUGAUGUAUUUUUUUAAGAUUUACGUAAGUAGCUAGUACCUUUAUGUAUAUAUUGUUUUUAGUUCUAAUUUGAGCGAUCGGAAAUGCAAUAAAUCAUAAACAACCGUAACACUAAUGGUUUUAAAUCAAAAGGACAGCUCUCUAUGAUACCGAAGCUGACGUAAUAAAUUGCAGGUGAGUUUUAAUAGCAUUGAGUGUGAGCUCUUUUGACAGUUGCUUUCGCUUGCAUAGAAUUACCUUCAUACAAAAUUUGGUAACGAAUGUACCUACUACCAGCGUUGUCAAAUUGUGUUACAAGGGUAUGAUUAGUUGACAACGUAUCACCAAUACCAUAUUUUACGGAGUAGCCUUUUGCGUCUUAAAAUCACAUUCUGUUCCUUUUUGUAUAAAUAAACUCACGUCUUAAAGCAUUUAUGUUCCUUUUAGAGUUUUACACUAUUAGUAUCUUUUCGAUGUCUUGCCAAAAAAACUCUCGUUAAAUCUAAUGAAAUAUCUCAAAGUCAAGUGAGAACGGACUUCAAGGAAAUGAAC